AUGAGCAAGUUUGGCGCCAUGAUCAUGGGCCCCGCGGGGGCAGGCAAGUCCACCUUUUGCGCCGCCCUCAUUACCCAUCUCCAGCUCAACCGCCGUUCCGCCUUCUACGUCAACCUCGACCCCGCGGCCGAGACUUUCGAGCACACGCCCGACCUCGACAUUAAGGAGCUCAUCUCACUCAAGGAUGCCAUGGAGGAAGUCGGCCUCGGCCCCAACGGCGGCCUCAUCUACUGCUUCGAGUUUCUCAUGGAGAAUCUGGACUGGCUCACCGAGGCACUGGACAACCUGACAGAAGAAUAUCUCAUCAUCAUCGACAUGCCCGGCCAGAUUGAGCUCUACACGCACAUCCCCAUCCUGCCGACCCUAGUGAAAUAUCUGUCGCAACCUGGAUCGCUGGAUAUUCGCAUGGCCGCCGUGUAUCUCCUCGAGGCCACCUUUGUGGUCGACCGGGCCAAAUUCUUCGCCGGAACUCUGAGCGCCAUGAGUGCCAUGCUGAUGCUCGAGGUCCCCCACAUCAACGUCCUCUCCAAAAUGGAUCUCGUCAAAGACCAAGUCAAGAAGAAGGAUUUGAAGCGCUUCCUCACACCCGACGUGGGUUUGCUGGAGGACGACCCCGUGGAGCGCGCCAGGCGAGUCACCGAGGGUCCCGAGGGCGACGACGAGUCACAGAGACCCGACGAUAGUGAACAGAUUAUGAAGGGCGCGAGUUUCCGGCGGUUGAAUCGUGCUGUGGCAGGCUUGAUUGAGAGCUUCAGCAUGAUUAACUACCUGAAGCUGGAUGUGACAAACGAGGACAGCGUAGGCGCCAUUCUGAGCUAUAUUGAUGAUUGUAUCCAGUUCCACGAAGCCCAGGAUCCCCACGAACCCAACGACGAGGACGAUGAGGUCGAAGACGAAGAGUGA